GGAAAAAAACAAACAAUUCGAACGGAGGACGACGGUAGAGGGCGUAUCGAUACCGAUAACAUGGCGUCGAGAAGCCAAAGUGGGAGUGUGUCGUCUCGUCGGUUGCGUUUCGUAAUUUGUUUGGCAUAAGUGUCGGGCAACUUUUAUCUUCGUCGUCUUUCUUAACACUUGGAAGCGACCGUCGGCCAUUUGGCCAUUUCGGACGCCUGUUUAGUUGGCCAGUCGAUCGAACGAUCAAAUGUCAAAUUCGACCUUGGCAGUCAGAUGAUCGGAUCGCUUCCCGUCCGCAAGUACCCAUGGAUAAGGAAUCCUCCUCUUCUCUCUCUUCUCGUCCCAAGGCGCAGCUAGAUCGGGACCUUUCUCGGUCCACUAUGGACAAAAAUAGCCGUUCGCUCGACGAUCCGCUUUCCGAGCCCACCGACGAUGCGGAGGACCCAACUUCCGACGUCUCCGCAUCCCGAGAAGUUUCCGAAAACUCGGAACGGACUUGGGAAGAAGAAAAGGACCGAGGCGAGAUGAAGCUCGAUCUGGAAAGAACCGACGAUGUUUCCUGCGUGGCGGAAAGAUGGGGAGACGCCGUUCUCGACUUGAAUAAUUGCGUCACACCGCUCUCUCCGGACCAGAGUAAUCUCACUGCCGAAAACACCUGCGUUCUGACCAGUGGGAGUCCCGCCAUGAUGUCCUGCGAGCUGAAGGUGGACGCUGUGGAUCCCAGGCGGGCCCGAACCGUCUCGGUGGCCGAGGUGAAGGAGUUGGCCUACGGACGACUCCGGGAGGAGUUGUGCAAGGCCCAGCAGGAAUUAAAACUAAAAGAUGAAGAAGUUGCUCGUUUGAGUCAGAUAAGAGACGAAGUCGGUGCCGAGUUAGAAGAAUUAACAGCUAGUCUUUUUGAAGAAGCUCACACCAUGGUUAGAGAAGCUAAUGUAAAACAAGCCAAUGCAGAAAAAUUACUGAAAGAAGCAAAUUUAAAGAUAGAAGUUCUUCAAGCAGAAGUUCAAGCAUUAAAGACACUUGUUAUUACUUCUACUCCAAGUAUGCCUAACAGACAUCUCCAUCCUCAAAUAGAAAAAAAAGGAAAUGGAGUUCGAUGCUUGUUUCAAAAAGGUCACAAAAGAUAUCCAAGCAAUUACGAAUUGGAGUCAGCUACUAAAGAUACACCUCCAGACUCACCCAUAAAAGAAUUCGCCUCUUCGGAUAUAGAAUGUGAAAAUAAUGAGGUGGAUCCAUUUUUUCAUCAAGAGUUUGUAUCUUGGCGACAAAAUCCAUUAUUGGAUAAAAGCCAUCCAUUUUUAUCUCGUAUUUAUCAAGAAGAUAUUCUUCCCUGUUUACAUUUUGCCAAUACACAGCUUAGUGAAAAAGUUUUAAAGGCAAUUGAAGAUAAUAUGAUUACGGUUGAAUCUGUCACCUGUAAAAGUCCAUUUCCAAAAAAAUGCUCUUUGUUGGAUGCUCCUCGUUUAUGUAAAUAUAGAAUGAAACUUGGAGACGACUCCGAAUGGCACUAUAUCUCACAGUUAUGUAGAAAUAGGAUAGCCGCAGUUUGUGACUUUUUUUGUUAUCUUCGCUACAUUCAACAAGGUCUAGUAAAAAAUGGAAUUCACGAGGUGUAUUGGGAGGUGACCAGGAGACGCCGAGACAUGGCCGUGGCCAAACUGGGACUGCGCGCCGCCUGAAGAGCCGUCGAGUGUAGAGAAUAAAGAGGCCGUUGCUACGAGA